GAUUUAAAAUUAAUAAAUUCAAUUUUCUUUCAUUUAAAUAUAAAUCAAAUUCUUUAUAAUAAUAAAAACACAGCAAAAUUGUGACAUACUAAAUUUUCAGAUUUGAUCAGAAAAUAUGACCUUAAAUAUCUUUAGUAGGAUUAUGAAUUAUUUAAAACAUAUUUUAUGAAAAAUCAAAAUUCAAGAAUAUUACUAAUACUUUUGAUUGUUUCUGUAUUUGUAAACAUCAAAGGAAAGGCUGUUGUGAGAAAAGGUGGUUAGUGUUCCUGUGAAUAGAUUUUAUAUGAAGAGGAAUGCUUAAUAAAUACAGAUUGCUAAUUUAAAAAUAAUAAAUGCACUACCAUACCCUGUGAAUCAUACAGUGAGGAUAAUUGUAAUAUUUUACGUAAAUGCGCAUUGGUAAAUGAUAAAUGUGUCAAGUUUGAAUCAUGUUCAUCUCAUAAUGCCAAAACCAAGAUAGACUGCUAGAGAUUACAUUUGACUUGUUAAUUUAAUGAAAUAGAUCAAACUUGCAAAGAUAUUAAAGAUUUGUAUGGCACAUGUUCUGAAUCAUUGCUUUCAGGUUGCCUUUAAGCCAAAGAAGGUAAUUGUGUAAUAAAAGAUGGAAAAUGUUAAUAAAUGACCUCAUGUGACGAUGCAAAUCAAGAUCUUCUACGUUGUAUUUUAGCUUUGCCAGCAUGUUUCCCUAAUCCUAAUGAUACUACUAUGGUGUGUGAAACUAUUGAUAAAUGCAGUCGUAAUAGUUUCAAUAUUUGUUAUAUGGCUUAAGAGAAGAUCAAUAGUUCCAAUAUGUUACUUUGCUCUUAAACUAGUAACGGAUGUGCUGACUUUGAUCCAAGUAUUUAAACACAAGAAACCUGUGCUCUUAAAUCAGUAUUUUAUUAUCAUUGGGAAGAAAAUUAAUGUACUAGAUGUAAUUCGAAUUCAUUCAUUAUAACAAUAUUCACUAUUGUUAUUUUAGCCUUUAACAGUUGAAUUCGAGUGAUACAUAAAAUUUUUAAAAUCAAUAUAUUUUAAAAUUUGCG